AAUCGAUUGAUAACUAAUGUCAUUGGUCAUUUACCAAGUUUGUUUCAGUUCUUGUUUAUAUUUGGGUUGAUAUGGUAGUUCAUUUUGUAAAUUAUUUGUAAAUAAACAAAGAUUUGUGUUUUAGACCGGAUAGCAACUGAGAUGGCGUUUGUUGCGUUGCUGUUACUCUCGGCGACUUAUACCGUCCUGGGUGUACCUCACCGUCGCGAUCUGAUCACUCCUCGCCCGGGGGAGAAGUGUGGUUACGAGAGUUGCACAGCGCCCAAGGAUGGACUAUUAAAUGUUCACAUCGUUCCCCACACUCACGAUGACGUCGGAUGGCUGAAGACGGUGGACCAGUACUAUUAUGGAAGCCGCAACGAUAUCCAGAAGGCUGGUGUCCAGUACAUUCUAGAUUCUGUUAUUAAAGAACUAUGGGAAGACGAGAGAAGAAGAUUUAUGUACGUGGAGACAGCGUUCUUCUGGAAGUGGUGGACGCGCCAGUCUGAUGAUGUAAAGGAGAAGGUCCACGCGCUGGUGCGCCAGGGUCGGCUCGAGUUCGUCGGCGGCGCUUGGAGCAUGAACGACGAGGCCGCCGCCCAUUAUCAGAGUGUGCUCGACCAGUUUACAUGGGGUCUCAAAAAAUUGAACGAUACCUUCGGAUCCUGUGCGUUGCCACACGUCGGUUGGCAGAUAGACCCGUUCGGUCACUCGCGAGAGUUCGCAUCGCUUCUGGCUGCUAUGGGAUACGAUGGGCUGUUCCUGGGCAGGAUAGACUACCAAGACAAGAACGCCAGGCUCACGGACAAGAGGAUGGAGAUGGUGUGGAGGGGGGACGACGAUCUUGGCAAGUCAUCUGAUAUCUUCACCGGUAUAUUGUACAAUACAUACUCCCCGCCGCCCGGAUUUUGUUUCGACGUGUUGUGCAGUGACGAGCCUAUAGUAGACGAGGUCAACUCCCCUUUGUACAACGUCGACAGGAGGGUGAAUGAGUUUCUCAGUUACGUCGAGACCCAGUCUCGAAGGUACAGGACAAACAACGUGAUAUUGACCAUGGGCGGUGACUUCACAUACCAGGAUGCCACCAUGUGGUACACAAAUCUGGAUAAAUUGAUAGAGUAUACUAAUCUGAAAGCCGCCAAAGAGAAUUUGAACAUAACUUUGUUCUAUUCAACUCCGAAUUGCUACCUUAAAGCUGUGAAGGAUGCCAACCCGGUACUACCCACGAAACAGGAUGACUUCUUCCCUUACGCGAGCGACCCGCACGCCUACUGGACCGGCUACUUCUCCUCCCGCCCCACCACCAAGUACUUCGAGAGGGAAGGGAACAACUACCUUCAGGUAUUGAAACAACUGCAAGUGUUGGCUGAUUUACCGGAGCACAAUACCGAUGUGUUGGACGAGCUCAGAGGUGCAAUGGGCGUGAUGCAGCACCACGAUGCCAUCACGGGCACAGAGAAGGAGCACGUCACCCACGACUACGAGAGGUUGCUGGACCAGGCCAUCGAGGAUGCUCUCAUCAUCGCGAGACAGGCUUUCAACAAAGUGGCACAAGGCGACCCCCUCAAGUCCACAGUACUGACGUACGACAGGUGUCGGCUUAACGAAACCAGCUGUCCAGCGUCGGAGAAUAGCAACCAGUUUGUGGUAACAAUAUACAACCCCAUAGCGUACCCUCUAGAUGAGCCCAUAGGCAUACCAGUGGUUGAUGGGGAAUACACUGUUUACGAUUCAGACGGUACAGUGGUUAAAUCCCAAUUAAUAGAUAUAACUCCAGCGGUACUAAACAUACCCACCAGACAAUCUAAAGCUACCCACGAGUUGUUCUUCAUCGCCAAUUUACAAGCUUUAUCAGUUAAUUCCUAUUAUGUCAAGAAAUCACCAACAAAAGCCAAGAGGCAUGCAAAAGGCGUUAAUGACAAUGCAGAUGUUACCAAUGAAUACAAUGUCGAUAUGAAUGGUUACUGGAGAAGUGUGAAAGACAAAAUAGAAGUAGAUGUGAGAAGUUUAGAGAGAGAACUCGACAAUGUGAAUAGAGUAGAGAAGAUUCCAGAUCUUCCUGGUGCGGUAGACAAAGAAGUCAAACAAGUGAAUAGAGGUAAAGUGGCUUAUGAUGUUCUAAGAAAUAAAGGGGAGUCUGUUAAUCAAGAUGUGGAAGAGUUUGAGAAAUUGUUGAAAGAGGAGAAUAGAAGAAUUGAGACAACGAGAAGAAUUAGAGACGGCCUACAGAUGAAUUUGUACCCGAAUUUGAGUGAUGAAGAGAUGAGGAUGCUGUCCGAUGAUCCCAUGGUUGUACAGAGGAAUCCUGAUGCUGAGAGCGUCCAGAAAAACGACUUCGUCAUCACCGCAGAUGUCAACGGAGAAAAAAUAACACUCCAAAACGGCGUAAGUUUCGAGGUUUCUUUCUUGUACUACCCUGGCUGUUACGGAGAUAAUUAUGCAUUCGAAAACAGGUCAUCCGGCGCCUAUAUCUUCAGACCAAAUGCAACAGAAGCGAUAGAUCUUGAACGGAUCAGUAGUUCUCGGGUCGACGGCGACAUAGUCUCAGAGAUUAGAACAACGAGGACAAAUAAUGUGAACAGCGUGAUUAGACUCUACGCUGGAGUCCCAUACAUCGAUCAUUACUUUGUUAUAGGACCGAUCCCGAUAGAGGAUGGUAUAGGUAAAGAGUUUGUUGCGAGGUACACUUCAGAUUUGCGUAACACAAACGGUUUUUACACGGACUCGAGUGGCAGACAAGUUCUUAAGAGGAAACUGAACGAGAGGCCACAAUGGAACUUGACUUUGGAGGAGCCAAUCGCCGGAAACUAUUAUCCAGUCACCAAUUUCAUUUCCAUACAAAAUGAGGAGAAUGUCUUAGCUGUUGUAACGGACAGGUCUCGGGGUGGCACCUCGUUGAAAGAUGGGGAGAUUGAACUGAUGCUGCACAGGAGGUUGCUUCACGACGACGCGUUCGGUGUCGGCGAAGCGUUGAACGAAACGGCCAACGGUGUGGGGCUUGUCGUUAGAGGGUACCAGAGGAUAUACGUGCUUAAAUCCGAAGGUACGUUAACAAAUGUUGAAGCACUGAAGAACCAUUUGCGUCCAGUCGUGUUUGUAUCCAAUGCAGACAGCUUAAACAUUGAGGAUUGGUAUAAAUUGACCAAUAAACACAGCUGGUCACAAAGUACGAUAGAUGGCAUACAUCUACUGACUUUAGAGCCUUGGGAUGGGAAGUUGCUAUUGAGAUUGGAAAAUAUUGAUUCAUUUAAGAAAUCGAUCGAUGUAGAUUUAAACAAAUUGUUUAAUAAUAUAAAAAUUAAUGGUAUAAGAGAGACAACGCUGGCAGCUAACCAGUGGUUGAGUGACUACAACAAGUGGGAAUGGACCAAAGAAAACAACUUUGCAAAAUCAUUCAACGAUGAUUACGGCAGUUCACAACGCGACGUCGCUGAUGAUGAAGAUGAUGGUGUUGUCGAUACAGACGUAGACAGAGGUUUAGUCACAAUUAAGCCUAGACAAAUAAGAACAUUUAUAAUUGAAUACGAUUAUCUAAAUUGAUUUUUUACCAAAGCGAAAAUUGUAUUAGAAAACGGAGUGGAAAGGACAGGUUGGUCAAAAAAAAAAUAGCUGAUUCAGCAUGAUCUAAGUCAGACGGCAAAUUGUUUUCCCAUCGGAAAUAUAACCACCGCAGCCAUAUAAUUAAUGAUUCUUAGUUUGGACGCUGCGCAAUGUAUUUGAAAUUUUACGACAUACUGUGCUUUUUUUGAUGGGUGAAAAUGGUAUGGUAACCCCGCCUACGCUAACGGGAUACGCUGGCGGAGCACCAGUGAAGGGUGAUAGAUGAGAAUGAAAGCAGGCCCGUUAUCCAAUCAUGAUGAAUUCAUCAGAAAUCAACCAUGAUAGUUUCUAGGGGGAACCGCGAGGAGGUCGACCUGGUUGGGUAUAUUGCUAGCAAUGGGAUUCUCAGUCUCCAUUACUAACAAUCCCUUUCCCCGUGACAUACUGUGCUGCACACGACGCGUGAUACCUACAUUUUUUGAUAUUUCAAAAGAUUUCACUAUAAAAUGUAUAAUAUUUCUUUAUAUUAUAAUAAAUGAUUGUAAAUGGUAAAAGAACAGGGAAUGUUUUGAAAUUUUCCAGAAUAAUUUUCGCUGGUUUUCAAUUCAGAAUGGUUUGGAGUCACUUUGAGUUUUUGCUAACCUGUCCCUUGCGCUCUGUGUAGUAAGAAUUCUAAUAGUUUAUCUAUUUCCUUCAAUAGUAUUGAAUAAUACAUAUUUUAUUAUACUAUAAAAAAGUAAUUUAAUUUACUUAUAUUUUAUACUUUAUUUGUUAACGAUAUUUUGCCAGAAUCGUUGUAAAUAUGUAAGAGAAAUUAUACAAUUAUUUUAAACAUUGCAAACUCUUUCCAGUGUUGCAAGGUUAAUAAAAUAUGUUGCAUUUAAAAAUAA